AAUUAAGUAAAAUGACAUUCUCCCUCCCAUAGAACAGGACAUAUUGGAAGAUAUCAUGUCAAUGCUCUAUUAUAUCUUUCCAUUUUACGCAUCUAAUGACGGUGAGCUCCAUCCAUUGCUUUUGCCCACCACCACACAUAUAUGACUUGACAUCACUCUUUCUCUUCUUUGAGGAUGUGGCCCCAUAUUAUAUUUGGGUAUCCAUUUCCAAUAUUAUUUAUCAUCUUCAAUUUCUUUCCAUGGUACUAAUGAUCCUGCUUUGUUCCAAGGUUCAAGGAUCUAUCAGAUGGCUAAGAUUCUCCUGAUCAAAUAUCAGUUACAUCUUACACUACACUGUCCGUACACUUUUGCAUGUGCUGUGGUCACCUGCACUCAAACUCUCACAUUACUCCCUCCUUCUUAGCAAACUAACACACUUCCCUGCCUUACCUCGUCUCUCUCAACCAUGGACAGCCCCAGAACUAUACCUAGCCAAGCACCCCAGCUACUACUCUCUCCAUGCAGCAGUGGAAGAAGAAGCAGCGAUUCCAACUCCCCCGAAUUUGAGUUCUGGAUGGUCCGAAAUCCGUCGUUCCCGGAACCCGAUCUACUCUCUGCCGAUGAACUCUUUGUUGAUGGCGUUCUCCUUCCUCUCCAUUUACUCCACCUCCACAACCACCACAGCCCUGAUCCGCCUGAUUCGAAACCAGACCCUAAACUGCCCAACUCGCAUCCUGAUGCAGAGCCCCGAGCAUCACCUAAGACCAUAACUGCAGAUUCUUCAACCGCUUCAAAGAGAUGGAGAGAUAUCUUCAAGAAAGGUGACAAGAAAACUUCAACCCGAAAGAACCAAGAAGAUAAGGAUAAAGAAAAAGACAAAGAGAAGAAGAGAGAGAAAAAGAGUCAAGGUGGAGCGAGUUCAGCGGAGUUGAAUAUCAAUAUAUGGCCAUUUUCACGCAGUAGAUCCGCAGGGAACAGCGGAGGCCGACCCAGGAUGUUUCCCGGAGCUGCAGGAAGCCGAAAGGUGAGUAGUGCGCCUUGUUCAAGGAGUAAUUCAGGGGGGGAGUCAAAGUCAAGAAAGUGGCCGAGUAGUCCGGGUAGGGGUGGAGUCCACGUGGGUCGAAGCAGCCCGGUUUGGCAGGUGCGGCGAGGAGGUGGGUUCUCAGAAGCAGUGAAACGGAGCAGUGAAAAGAUGAAGAGUAAAAGAAGGAUGGAGGGUGGGAAAGUUGUGAAUUUGGAAGUGCCAUUGUGUAAUGGAUAUAGACAGUGUAGGAGUAAUGAAAAUAGAAACGGUGGGAGCUCUAAUGUUGGUGGUAAUGUAUUCAAUUUACGCAGCUUCUUCACAAAAAAGGUGUACUGAGUGGUAAUUAUAUUUUAAUUUUGUUUGUAAAUGGAUUAUUAUUAAGUUUGAUUUUGUGAUGGUGAUGUAUAUAACUAAUUAACUAAAUCGAAAAGAAGAUUGUUGUUUGGGAAAA